AUGUCCCAUCUCCGCCGUAUCAUCUUUGCCGCUGUUCUCGUCCUUGCCGCCUACUUCGGCGGAAAGAUAAUUUACCGGCAUCUUGACCCACGAACGACCAUAUGCGAAGAAGACAUCGAGAAUGACCAUUGGAUUGCGACGUCCAAGUACUGGCUUGAUCGACAGGUGUGUUCGCGCCUCGGUCUGUGCGGACUCGCUCAUUGGCGUCCGGAUCCAGCAACUAUACCAUGGACUCGGAAGUUUGAGGUAAAAAAUUAUUGGCAGAAAGACGGGAUUGAGGAGGCUAGUCAAAAUAUACUCAAGGAAGAAUCACAGGAAGGUAUUCCUAGCUUGGGAAGUCCGAUUAAGUCGGAAGAUGAAGAUGUGGAUGGAGAUUCUUCUGUAUUGAAAGAUAUCCCCCAAUACAUACUCGAUCACGCACCGCUCAUCCAUCUCUACUCGGGUGAAAAUUUUUGGCCCUCAGACAUAGCCGAACAUCUCAAGUUUACUACGCCAUAUCUAAACUAUACUAAGGUAAAUAUUUCUACUCAUCAACACACGCCUUACAAUCUACACGAGGUAGAAAAGGUGUAUAACAGCAGCUACUUAUUCACACAAAGCACGGAUGAUGUUGAAGAGCGGCCAGUCUGGCUUGGUAGCGCUCAUAACAAACCGCUACCUUACGACGAUGAAGAGGGUGGGGACUGGGAAGAGGAAAAAGAACGGAAAUCUACCAAUCUAGAAACUGCGACAUUCUCCAAUGGAGAUGGAGAAACGUGGUAUGACGUUUCGCGUCUUGAUCCAGCCUUAACAGAGGUGGCCUUUGUGAAUGACUCUCAUUCUCCUUCUCCUGAGAAAGUUGAAAUGCGCAGAUCGCGUACACGCAAGUCACAGCACGCCGAAACGUGUUCUAGUAUUACUUCGACAGCUUUCAAGCUGGGGGGCUAUUCCAGCGCCCCUAGUAUUCUUGUAGUCGUAGAUAAAGGUUUGGGUAUCGUGGACGCCUUCUGGUUCUACUUCUACUCUUAUAACUUUGGAACGACCGUUUUUAACAUUCGUUUUGGCAACCAUAUAGGUGAUUGGGAACAUUCAUUAAUACGCUUUCAAGAUGGGGUACCGAAGGCAGUAUUUUUUUCUGCUCAUUCAGGAGGUCUUGCCUAUGCUUGGAAGGCAGUUGAAAAGGCAAAAGGUAGGGAGAAAAGGCCUAUUCUCUACAGUGCUGUUGGCAGUCAUGCCAUGUACCCGACGGCCGGAAGACAUCCCUAUAUUUUGCCUUUUGGAUUGCUCGCUGAUUUGACUGAUCGUGGACCACUCUGGGACCCAGCACUAAAUUAUAUGGCCUAUCAUUAUAACACCUCUAUAACUCACAAUGUCGACGCGCGCUCUAGCAGAGAUUCUACACCCACUUUUAACUCAACCUCACUUCAUCCUAAAUUAAAUGCCUCAUUUCAACCAGCUUCUUGCAAUCCUUCUGCUCCUCUCGGAUGGUGGUGGUACUCUGGGCGCUGGGGUGAUAAGUUCUAUCGUUUACGGGACUGGAGACAGUGGCGUUUUUUUGGUCAAUACCAUUAUGUCAAUGGACCUUUUGGACCUCGCUUCAAGAAUCUGGGGCGAGCAAAAGUUUGCCAGAGUGGUCAUGUUUGCCGAAUAGUUGAAGACCUAACUGAUGGAAGAAGCUGGGUUGGAUGA